AAGACGGAGCGCGCUCCCGCUUGGCGCAUGCGCAGGGAGCAUUCCCCAGCUAUUUUUCUCCGUGGCAGCGGCGGCGAGCGGAAGUUCUUGGGAGCGCCAGUUCCGUCUGUCUGUUCGAGUGGACAAAAUGGCGAAGAUCGCCAAGACUCACGAAGAUAUUGAAGCACAGAUUCGAGAAAUUCAAGGCAAGAAGGCAGCUCUUGAUGAAGCUCAAGGAGUGGGCCUUGAUUCUACAGGUUAUUAUGACCAGGAAAUUUAUGGUGGAAGUGACAGCCGAUUUGCUGGAUAUGUGACAUCAAUUGCUGCAACUGAACUUGAAGAUGAUGACGAUGACUACUCAUCAUCUACAAGUUUGCUUGGUCAGAAGAAGCCGGGAUAUCAUGCUCCUGUGGCAUUGCUUAAUGAUAUACCACAAUCAACAGAACAGUAUGAUCCAUUCGCUGAGCACCGACCUCCAAAGAUUGCUGACCGGGAGGAUGAAUACAAAAAGCACAGGCGGACCAUGAUAAUAUCCCCAGAGCGUCUUGAUCCUUUUGCAGAUGGAGGGAAGACCCCUGAUCCUAAAAUGAAUGCUAGGACUUACAUGGAUGUAAUGCGAGAACAGCAUUUAACUAAAGAAGAGAGAGAAAUUAGGCAGCAGCUAGCAGAAAAAGCUAAAGCUGGAGAACUAAAAGUUGUCAAUGGAGCAGCAGCGUCCCAACCUCCCUCAAAACGAAAACGGCGUUGGGAUCAAACGGCUGAUCAGACUCCUGGUGCCACUCCCAAAAAGCUGUCAAGUUGGGAUCAAGCAGAGACCCCUGGACAUACCCCUUCCUUAAGAUGGGAUGAGACACCAGGUCGUGCAAAGGGAAGUGAGACUCCUGGAGCAACCCCAGGCUCAAAAAUAUGGGAUCCUACCCCUAGUCACACACCAGCGGGAGCUGCUACUCCUGGACGCGGGGAUACACCAGGCCAUGCAACACCAGGCCAUGGAGGCGCAACUUCCAGUGCUCGUAAAAACAGAUGGGAUGAGACCCCCAAAACAGAAAGAGAUACUCCUGGGCAUGGAAGCGGAUGGGCUGAGACUCCUCGAACAGAUCGAGGUGGAGAUUCAAUUGGUGAAACACCAACUCCUGGAGCCAGUAAAAGAAAGUCACGUUGGGAUGAAACACCAGCUAGCCAGAUGGGUGGAAGCACUCCUGUUCUGACCCCUGGAAAGACACCAAUUGGCACACCAGCGAACAUGGCUACCCCUACUCCAGGUCACAUAAUGAGUAUGACUCCUGAACAGCUUCAGGCUUGGCGGUGGGAAAGAGAAAUUGAUGAGAGAAACCGCCCACUUUCUGAUGAAGAAUUAGAUGCUAUGUUCCCAGAGGGAUAUAAGGUACUUCCCCCUCCAGCUGGUUAUGUUCCUAUUCGAACUCCAGCUCGAAAGCUGACAGCAACUCCAACACCUUUGGGCGGCAUGACUGGUUUCCACAUGCAAACUGAAGAUAGAACUAUGAAAAGUGUUAAUGACCAACCAUCUGGAAAUCUUCCAUUUUUAAAACCCGAUGAUAUUCAGUACUUUGAUAAACUUUUGGUUGAUGUUGAUGAAUCAACACUUAGUCCAGAAGAGCAAAAAGAGAGAAAAAUAAUGAAGCUGCUUUUAAAAAUUAAGAAUGGAACACCUCCAAUGAGAAAGGCCGCAUUGCGUCAGAUUACUGAUAAAGCUCGUGAAUUUGGAGCUGGUCCUUUAUUUAAUCAGAUUCUUCCUCUCCUGAUGUCUCCUACACUUGAGGAUCAAGAGCGUCAUUUACUUGUGAAAGUUAUUGAUCGAAUAUUAUACAAACUUGAUGACUUAGUUCGACCGUAUGUGCACAAGAUCCUUGUGGUCAUUGAACCAUUGUUGAUUGAUGAAGAUUACUAUGCUAGAGUGGAAGGUCGAGAGAUUAUUUCUAAUUUGGCAAAGGCUGCUGGUCUGGCUACUAUGAUCUCUACCAUGAGACCUGAUAUAGAUAACAUGGAUGAGUACGUCCGUAACACAACAGCUAGAGCUUUUGCUGUUGUAGCCUCUGCCCUGGGCAUUCCUUCAUUGUUGCCCUUCUUAAAAGCUGUGUGUAAAAGCAAGAAGUCCUGGCAAGCGAGACACACUGGUAUUAAGAUUGUACAGCAGAUAGCUAUUCUUAUGGGCUGUGCCAUCUUGCCACAUCUCAGAAGUUUAGUUGAAAUCAUUGAGCAUGGUCUUGUGGAUGAGCAACAGAAAGUUCGGACCAUUAGUGCUUUGGCCAUUGCUGCCUUGGCUGAAGCCGCAACUCCAUAUGGUAUCGAAUCUUUUGAUUCUGUGUUAAAGCCUCUAUGGAAGGGUAUCCGCCAACACAGAGGAAAGGGUCUGGCUGCUUUCUUAAAAGCUAUUGGGUAUCUUAUUCCUCUUAUGGAUGCAGAAUAUGCCAACUACUAUACUAGAGAGGUGAUGUUAAUCCUUAUUCGAGAAUUUCAAUCUCCUGAUGAAGAAAUGAAGAAAAUUGUGCUGAAGGUGGUAAAGCAGUGUUGUGGAACAGAUGGUGUAGAAGCAAACUACAUUAAAACAGAGAUUCUUCCUCCUUUUUUUAAACACUUCUGGCAACACAGAAUGGCUUUGGAUAGAAGAAAUUACCGACAGUUAGUUGAUACUACCGUGGAGUUGGCAAACAAAGUAGGUGCGGCAGAAAUUAUAUCCAGGAUUGUGGAUGAUCUGAAAGAUGAAGCUGAACAGUACAGAAAAAUGGUGAUGGAGACAAUUGAGAAAAUUAUGGGCAACUUGGGAGCAGCAGAUAUUGAUCAUAAACUUGAAGAACAGCUGAUUGAUGGUAUUCUUUAUGCUUUCCAAGAACAGACUACAGAGGACUCAGUAAUGUUGAAUGGCUUUGGCACAGUGGUCAAUGCUCUUGGCAAACGAGUCAAACCUUACUUGCCUCAGAUCUGUGGUACAGUUUUGUGGCGUUUAAAUAACAAAUCCGCAAAAGUUAGGCAACAGGCAGCUGACUUGAUCUCUCGAACUGCUGUUGUCAUGAAGACUUGCCAAGAGGAAAAAUUGAUGGGGCACUUGGGUGUUGUUUUGUACGAAUAUUUGGGUGAAGAGUACCCUGAAGUAUUGGGCAGCAUUCUUGGAGCACUGAAGGCCAUUGUAAAUGUAAUAGGUAUGCAUAAGAUGACUCCACCAAUUAAAGAUCUCCUGCCUAGACUCACCCCCAUCUUAAAGAACAGGCAUGAAAAAGUCCAAGAGAAUUGUAUUGAUCUUGUUGGACGUAUUGCUGAUAGGGGAGCUGAAUAUGUGUCUGCAAGAGAAUGGAUGAGGAUUUGCUUUGAGCUUUUGGAACUCUUAAAAGCUCACAAAAAAGCUAUUCGUAGAGCCACAGUCAACACAUUUGGCUACAUUGCAAAGGCCAUUGGCCCUCAUGAUGUAUUGGCUACACUUUUAAACAACCUCAAAGUUCAGGAAAGGCAGAACAGAGUUUGUACCACUGUAGCGAUAGCUAUUGUCGCCGAAACGUGUUCACCCUUCACAGUACUACCUGCCUUAAUGAAUGAAUACAGAGUUCCUGAGCUGAAUGUUCAAAAUGGAGUGUUAAAAUCACUUUCCUUCUUGUUUGAAUAUAUUGGUGAAAUGGGAAAGGACUACAUUUAUGCUGUAACACCAUUACUUGAAGAUGCUUUAAUGGAUAGGGACCUUGUGCACAGGCAGACGGCUAGUGCGGUGGUGCAGCACAUGUCACUUGGGGUUUAUGGAUUUGGUUGUGAAGAUUCACUGAAUCACUUGUUAAACUAUGUAUGGCCCAAUGUGUUUGAGACAUCUCCCCAUGUAAUUCAGGCAGUUAUGGGAGCCCUGGAGGGCCUGAGAGUUGCUAUUGGACCAUGUAGAAUGUUGCAGUAUUGUUUACAGGGUUUGUUUCACCCGGCCCGGAAAGUCAGAGACGUGUAUUGGAAAAUUUACAACUCCAUCUACAUUGGUUCACAGGAUGCUCUCAUAGCACAUUACCCAAGAAUCUACAAUGAUGAUAAGAACACCUAUAUUCGUUACGAACUUGACUAUAUCUUAUAACUUUAUUGUUUAUUUUGUGUUUAAUGCACAGCUGUUUCACCUCUUAAACUUGCUUCGAUUUGGUGAUGUAAACUUUUAAACAUUGCAGAUCAGGUAGAACUGGUCAUAGAGGAAGAGCUAGAAAUCAGUAGCAUGAUUUUUAAAUAACCCGUCUUUGUUUUUGAUGUUAAACAGUAAACGCCAGUAGUGACCAAGAACACAGUGAUUACACACACUAUACUGGAGGGAUUUCAUUUUUAAUUCAUCUUUAUGAAAAUUUAGAAUUCAUUCCUUGUGUUUAAAGGGAAUGUUUAAUUGAGAAAUAAACGUUUGUGUACAAAAUGCUAA